GAGGCUCUCAAACGCCUGAUUUCUCCGCCCAUGCUCCUGCACGGAAAAACAAAACAGGCUUGCGAGAUCCUGCAGCGUCCGAAGACAUCACUGCGCGGAACGUCACCUCGCUCUGGGUUUGAGGCGGGGGAGGGAGGAGAGCGCACCGGACGGAGGAGAACGAUGGUUCAGCGAGGGCUGAGCUGGAAGGGGUUCUCCGCUUGUCCGGCCGCCGCCUUUGCGUGGCUGCCUCCCUGGUUGCUCAGCGCCUCGGGUGUGGCGGCCGCGCGGCCGAGCAGGGGAUGCGCUUACAUAACCGCUCGCCGGGUCCUGCUGCCUCGCGCUCUCGGUAGCCGCGGUCGGGGUGCGCCGCGGGACCGUGAUGCUGCCAGGACGAGCAUGGCAGGGCCCAGGCCGGCCCGGCAGGCGGAGGAGUGCGAGCAGCGACGGGAGGAGGGCGCCGGCGGCGGGGGAGGUGAAGGCCGGCCUGCCACUCCUGCUAUGAUGCCUGGGCAGAUCCCAGACCCUUCAGUGACCGCAGGUUCUCUACCAGGGCUCGGCCCCCUCACCGGACUUCCCAGCUCUGCUCUGACCACAGAGGAGCUGAAAUACGCUGACAUCCGCAACAUUGGGGCCAUGAUUGCGCCCUUGCACUUCCUGGAGGUGAAACUGGGCAAGAGGCCCCAACCCGUGAAGAGUGAGGUGGGAAGCUGUGCCCAGGACCACCCGUGGUGUCUAAUCCGUGGCUCUGUGCCCUCACAGCUAGAUGAGGAAGAAGAGCGAAGGAAAAGGCGCCGAGAGAAGAACAAAGUGGCCGCGGCCAGAUGCCGGAACAAGAAGAAGGAACGCACGGAGUUUCUGCAAAGGGAGUCAGAGCGGCUGGAGCUCAUGAACGCCGAGCUGAAGACCCAGAUAGAGGAGCUGAAGCUGGAGCGGCAACAGCUUAUCCUGAUGCUCAACCGCCACCGCCCCACCUGCAUCGUGCGCACAGACAGCGUCAGGACACCCGAGUCCGAAGGCAAUCCGCUGCUGGAGCAGCUGGACAAGAAGUGACUGAAGGCUUGGAGGAGGCAUCAGAGGAUGGGGAGGGGGGACGGCAGAAGGAGAAGAGGUGAUGGAGGUCUCCCCCUGGGCGCAUGACAAACUCUACCAUGAGGCUUGGCAUAACUGGCCUCCAGCCGGCUCCUUUCUGAAACUCAGCCCAGCCACGCGAGAGCAAGAGCGGACUGAAGAAACCAGAGGGACCAAGCGUCGAGACCAAAGUUGACCCGCAGGUAGGGGCUGUCCCACUCCAAGGCCCAGCUUGAAGGGCACCUCAGCCAGAGAGAUGCCCAGCCAGGUAGCCUCCUCAGGCACUCCUCUGGCCUCUCUGCUGAGACCCCCCACCCAAAGGACUACCGAGCAGCCAAGAAAAGCCAUGCGUCCCAAACACGGUGUGGCCAAGGAUGGAACUCAGCAUGGACUGCAAUCCACCUCCCCAGCCCUGCCCAAGCCCGGUGGAAAGGGGUGCACUGCGGGGCUGUGAUGGCCCUGCUCAGGUGGCACAGCCAGGUGGCCCUGCUGGAGUUUGCUGUGGCACUGAGGCGCGGGCGCCCUCCCAAAGCACACAGUCGAUGAAUGUUUACAGACUGGCUGUCCUGGCAGGGCUUCCAACUGCACACCUUUUUUUUAUACUUUCUUUUUUUUUUAAUAUUUUUUACAAAAAGAAAAGAUUUUAUACGAGCAAUAUAUAUAUGGAUUUCUAUAAUCACUCGAUUGACACAGUACAAAUACGCUAUGGUCUGUCGUUAAGGACAUCCACCCUCCGGGUACAGCCGUUGUAAUUCCUAAGUACUGUAGGCUCUGGGUGUUGAGGGGUGGUGGCCAGGCGGUGGGGGUGCGUUUCCAUCCUUGUAAAGCCUUCCUAGUACUCAGUCCUGUAUCGCUCAGUAAACAUUGCUCUAAUUAC